GUGAUAUUGGAUGGUGUGUGUUAUCGUAAUUUCAGAGGCAUGAAAAACAAAUUUUGAAAUCAUUUAAAGGAAAUGAAUUCGGUUCGAAUCUCCUGGAUUACUCUUUUUAUAGGAUGUACACUAUUUACUUUUGCCGAAUGUACAAUAGGCGGCACCAUCAACUGUUACCAAUGUAAUGUGUUCAAUCAAGGGGCCCGGGAAUUCUGUGCUAAUGCCGAGAAAAAGAUGUAUAACUGUACGGGUUGUAUGAAAACUAAAACCCGGGUAUACAUACACGAUCAGUGGCUCAGGUACAAGUAUGUGACGGUCAUCUCGAAAUACUGUAUCCAAUACAUGAACUACAAACUGGACGAGGGGUGUUACACAAAGUCGGCGGAUCAAGGAUAUAUCAGGCGCUGUUACUGCUACAGUCACUGGUGUAACUCUGCCAACAAGAAUUCCAACCGAACACUCGUCAUCGUGGGGCUUCAAGUGUUAUUCACAUUCUUUAUUUUUAGCUGGAUUAGGGGAUCUUGAUUUGGAGUACUUCGUUGUUCUGGGGAAAUGUGCCUUAAUUAUAUUUACAUCAAUGUAUAUAUACGGCAGCUGAAAAUUAUUGUAACGAAAGGAGUUUGUAUGUGCAUAUCAGUGUUACAGCGAGUGAUGAGUGAAAUAUUCCAAAUGAUGGGAAUUAUUUUCUACGCAUAUAUUAUGUAUCAGUGUAAUUUGAAGUGCUUCCAAUGACCAUGAUGACUGAUUGUUGUUCAAAUUUUAAGUCUGCAUGUGAAAUUUAAUAAGUAGGGCUUAUAUGAUAUUAUAUACACAUAUCGAGUAUUUAGUCAGCUGACAGAUGACGAUGUCAAGGACAUGCAUGAUAUAACCGUGUAAAAAAAGAAUAACGUAACGUAGCAUCGUUUGGGGGGGGGGGGGGAUAAACAAGAUAUUGCCGAAAAAAUCAUUGUUAUCGGAAAAAGUGGGGGCCGGAGGGGAACCCACUACAAGCCUGUUUUGCGUAACAUUCUAGUAUUUUUUUGUAAGAAAUGUUUCAGUUCGGUUUGUAAUCUAUCAACAUAUCUGAAACUGAACAUAUAACAUGUGAUGUUGAUCUGAAAAAAAAGGUUAUCUCUUUUAUUUUAUCUUAUUAAAGCAUUUUUUUAAGGAUUGUAAAACGUAAAACUUAUAUUUCAAUUAAAAUGAUGUGUAAUUCUCAAAAAAUAAAACAAUAGAAGUGAC